GCUUUUCUUGCUGCUUGUUGGGGCUAUUUAGUUAUUCGAUCUGGGCAGACGGUGACCACAGCAUUCCGGUGCCCAGGCUCAGCCCAAAAGGUUGCAUGCUUCGGGAUGAUCGAUCGUCCUACGGGCACCGAAGGGGCCCCGACUCCCCGCUGCGAGACCCUGCCCGCGCUCCCCGGGGCUCUCAGGCUCAGCUGACCGGCUGGAUUAAUCACCGCCACGCGAACACGAUCGACUCCUUUGACCAACUACCACCAAUUAUUGUACUUCAAAGAAUCAAUCCUGCACUCGAAUUGGCCUUAUCGAAAUAGUUAUCCUCUGGACAGCUUAUCAACAUGGGUGCACCACUAGCUCAAUCUAACCCAGCUCCACUUCAAGUACAAACUCAUCAUGAAGAUAUGAUCCACGAUGCUCAAAUGGAUUUCUAUGGAAAACGCCUGGCGACAUGUUCAUCUGAUCGGACUGUCAAGGUAUUUGAUGUGGUCGAUCCAUCGGCUGUCGAACCAAAGUAUCAGCUGGUCGACACACUCCGAGGUCAUGAUGGUCCCGUUUGGCAAGUCAGCUGGGCGCAUCCCAAGUUUGGCUCGAUUUUGGCAUCUUGUUCUUAUGAUGGCAAGAUCUUCGUAUGGAGAGAAACGUCUACCGGGAAUGGCUCCGCAGGUCAGCGUCAAGCCGGUUGGGAGAAGAUCAAGGAACACACCCUACACUCUGCCUCGGUGAACUCCAUAUCUUGGGCUCCUCAUGAAUACGGUCCGAUCUUAGCCUGUGCUAGCUCCGAUGGGAAGGUGUCAGUUCUUACCUUCAAAGAUGAUGGAACCUGGGAUGCUCCUCUGUUUGUUGCGCAUUCAAUCGGUUGUAAUGCGGUUUCUUGGGCCCCACCAUACCUUCCAACCUCACUAAACUCCCCAAGCGGCGCUCAACAAGCUGGUCCAGAGCCUCAAAAGUUUGCUACCGGAGGAUGCGAUGGACUAGUAAAAAUCUGGACACUCAAUCCUUCAACGCAAAUUUGGGAGCUCUCCGAAACACUCGAAGGAGGACAUACAGACUGGGUGAGGGACGUGGCUUACUCGCCAAGUAUUGGGCUCGCGCGGACGUAUCUGGCUUCCGCAGGUCAGGAUCGAGUUGUCAACGUUUGGACCCAAGAUGGGGCGAAAGGAACGUGGAAGCAACAUACUCUUGAUCCCAGUGGCAACGGUGGCAAGUUUAAUGGCCCAGUCUGGAGGGUAAGCUGGAGUAUCGGAGGCAACGUACUGGCGGUGACGGCAGGAGACGGCAAAGUGACGCUAUGGAAGGAAAACUUGAAAGGUCGCUGGGAAUGUGUAUCGGAAAUGCAACAGUAGGUGUAGGUCGUCCAUCCCACGUAGUUUACAUACUGUUCUCUCUAAGGGUUAUCGCGCGCGUGGCAGUUAGUUGUAAAUAAAUUAAACAACUUUUGUUCCAUCAGUUUGUCCGUAACUCCGUGUCUCACCAAAGAAAUCUUGUAAGCAGCCCUCAAGGUCUCGUUACUCAACGGGAAAUCUCAGAACACACGCUUCAUCACGUCAUAACAUUACAUCCCUAACCAAAAGAAAUAUGUGGAAGCCCAGGGGAGGGGCAAAACUUAUUGCAACUUUCUGGCUUUAUAGGGCUUGGUAAGGCUUGGCGGGCAUGAAACAUGUUUGCCUUCCAAAGGAUGCACUUUUC